AUAGAACCGCCACCUGAUAAUGCCUAAAAGGCCAUGACUAAGCACGCGGAAGAGGAAGACUCCAAGAAGUGGAAAGGAAAGGCGCGCUUGGAGCAGUGAAUGGAAUGAUCAUCCAUCGGAUCGGAUAUUGCCGAGAAGCCAACGUCGAGGAUGAGGAGGAGUUUGGACCACAAGAAGGCAAUGCGUGAGUAGUUUGCUUUGAGCCAAUUUGAACGCAUAUCCAGAUUCCAAGUGUGAACACGUGAAAUACAUGAAACGACCAACGUACUUCGAGAGAUUAAAAAUAUACUUAAAUAGUCGAGGAGCAAUCAUGCCUUGCCUCCUGCUUUCCCUUCUUCUUCUUUACCAGCGACGCUAUAAAUGUGUCGCAGAGAUAGUCCAGUAACCAUUUCCUUGCUCCAACCUAUCUCAAGUAGUCGAGUAAUCUUUCUGGUGCCAAGGAAACUACAGUACUUUCGCCCACCUUGAAAGAGCAAAAUGAGACUUUCCUGGCAUUAUUUCAUACCCGUUCUUAUCUUUGCUGCACGGUACUUCACUGGUAAAAAGAAGAGGAGGACCAUCCGUAGCGGACAACCCGAGGAUACUGGAGCCUCUAGAUCCUCGACCUCGCCAGAACGAAGUGAUUCUGAGCCAUCUGCUUCGUCCACCUCUACGAUUGGAAACAACUAUUACGUAUUCCUGAGCUUUAGAGGUCCUGAUACUCGCAAGGGCUUUGUCGAUCACCUCUACCAUAGACUCCGACACGAGGGCCUGCCAUUCCAUCCAAACUUCGUGUUCAGAGAUGAUGAGAACCUCCGCUUUGGUGAGCCAAUUGCUGAAAAUCUUCUCAAUGCAAUCGAGCACUCUAAGGUUUCAAUCCCAGUCAUCUCGGAAAAUUAUGCUGCUAGCGAAUGGUGCCUCCGCGAACUCAUUCAUAUCAUGAAGUGCAAGGAAAGUAGAGGACAAAUAGUCUUGCCUGUGCUUUACAAGGUGAAGCCCAAGGAUGUGAAACACAUGCUGGGGAAAUUUGGAGACGCCUUCAAAUCCAGUAGGCAUCGUUUCCAGGAGGAUGUCAAGCAACAAGGGCCGGAAGCACUCAAAAAAGCACUUGCUCUUAGAGUAUACGAAUCAGAGGAAUUUGCUAGUGGGCAUGAAGCCGGAUUAAUAAAAGAACUCGUACGAGUAAUAAUGGCCGAGCAGCAACAUGAUGUCCUACCACCUCUUCCUAGGAACUUGGUUGGAAUUGAUGAUCGUGUGGCUGAGGUAAUGAAAUUGGCGGAUACUGAUCGUUCCGAAACUCGAAUUAUUGGGAUUUGUGGGAUUGGCGGCAUUGGUAAGACAACUUUGGCCACAAACAUCUAUAAUAAGCUUUCUGAGAAAUUUGAGUGCCGCAGCUUUCUUAGGGAUAUUAGAGAAACAAUUAAUCACAAGGGUAUGGAGCAUAUCCAAUCUCUACUGAUCUCAGAUAUAACAAAAAAUCAUGAAAGUAGAGUGCAUGAUUAUGUGAUGGGGAUUGGAAAGAUCCAAUUAAGUUGUGAAAAAAAGAAGGUACUUAUUCUUCUUGACGAUGUGGGUCAUGGAGACCAUCUCGAUAAAUUGAUUGGAGGUUGUAAUUUCGAAUCAGGAAGUAGAAUCAUUAUUACAUGUCGAGAUAAGGCCCUCUUGAAGUCUGAAUAUAAAUGUUAUGAACUCGUAGAAAUGAAUGGCAAUGACUCUAUGCUUCUGUUUAGCUUGUAUGCAUUUGAAGCAAAACAACCUCCAAGAGAACUUGGGAAUCUUUCUAGUGACAUUGUUGCCACCACGGGAGGGCUUCCUCUAGCUCUCGAGAUUAUAGGUUCAUAUCUCAAAGGAAAAGAUGAAGACAUAUGGACAGAGACGCUGGAGAAAUUAAGGAAGGUGCCUCAUAUGGAUGUACAAAAAAAGUUGAAGUUAAGUUACGAUUCAUUAGGAGAUCAAGAAAAACGAAUGUUUCUAGACAUAGCCUGCUUUUUCAUUGGAAUCAACAAAAGAAUUGCCACCUACCUGUGGAAGGAUCUCGAUUUGUACCCUGCUUCUGGAUUGGCAAGAAUGAAUGAACUUUCUUUAAUAAAAUAUGGUGAAAACAAUGAGUUGAGAAUGCAUGAUCAAUUAAGAGAUCUAGGCAGAGAUAUAGUCCGUUCAGCACAUAAGGAGCCUUGGGAUUGGAGCAGACUAUGGGAUGAGGAAGCCAUGAAAGUUCUAGGACGCAAGGAGGAAAAUGAAAAAAUUGAGGCACUACGUCUAGACAAAAGGGGCUCCAGAGAGUUCAUGGAGCGAGAAAGCUUCAAAAGAAUGCCUAACCUGAAGUUCCUUCAUUUGAGGGCCAUGGGUUUUGCAGGAGAUUUCGAAGGAUCACUUUCUGAAUUAAGAUGGCUAAAGUGGGAGAGAUGUCCCGACUCUUUCGAGGCGACCAAUGUUCAUUUAGAAAAAUUGGUCGCGCUUGAUUUAUCAUCCGAUAAUAUUAGUGAAAAAUGGAGAGGAUGGAGUUCAAUUAAGAUGGAGAGGUUGAAAGUUCUCAAUCUUUCGAGGUGCUUCCAUUUUCAAAGCACCCCUAAUCUUUCUGCGUUUAAAAAUUUAGAGAUGCUAAUCUUGAAACAGUGUGUCCAUUUGAAAGAAAUCGACCCUUCCAUUGGAGAUGUCAAGCGCCUCGUUUCCUUGAACUUGAGUUACUGUGAGAGUCUCGAGAAGUUACCCGAACAACUGGGCGAACUAGAGAAUUUGGAGGAACUUGUCGUAGACAAGACUUGGAUAAAAGAAAUCCCUCCAUGUAUAGGAUCUCUGAAGAAGUUGAAGAGGCUUAGUGCCAACAGUUGUUAUCGAAUGACUGAAGUUCCCAGCUCAAUAAUCCGUCUCUGUUUGGAACAGGUGUCGUUAGCGUUAGCGUUCUGCAGGCCGUUGCAACAAAUCCCUUCUUCAAUUGAGAAGUUGGGAGAGUUGGUUGAGCUGGACUUGUCAUGGACAGGGAUUAACGAAUUACCCGAAUCCAUUGGGGAAUUGAAUAAAUUGAAAAUUUUGAGGAUUUCUUUUAGCAAGAUAAAAAGGUUACCGAGCUCUAUUGGGAAAUUGCAAAGCCUCCAAGAGUUCUAUGCCGACCAAUGCUCUGAACUGGAAGGAGAAAUUCAUGUUGAUAAAGGUGGAUUGUCUUCUCUAAAGACCCUUCGCUUAGCUGGAACAAAAAUUUCUGGCUUGCCGGAAAACUUAGAUCAGCUUUCUUCUCUCGAACGCCUCGAUUUACUCGACUGUAGUGAGCUUCAGUCACUCCCAAGACCUCCUGUUAGCUUAUCAUCCCUGUGGCUCACCUGUCGGAGCAAUGAGCUGCCAUUGCUCUCUCACCUGAACCAUCUCGAGGAGCUCACCCUUCAUUCUUGCAUGUCUCUUCAGAGCAUCCCAGAGCUUCCCUCCUGCAUACGGACGCUUGACGUUCGGAGAUGCCCCAAAUUGGAAAGGUUGCCAAAGCUUUCCGAUUUGGAAUUUUUGUCGGAAUUAGGGCUCUGGGAAUGCGAUGGGCUGAAGGAAUUGGAUGGACUGGAAGCUUUAAAAUCCCUAAGAAGGUUGAACCUAUCCAGAGGGCCAUGGUUGGGCGAAAGGGCAGAUAAACUCCAUGCGAUACGAGGCGUUGAAAAAUUGGGAUCCCUGGAAGUGUUGGAUAUCGCUGGGCGCAAGCACAUUCAAGUACUGGACCUUUCAAAGUCGGAGCAUCUGAAGGAGUUGAUUGUUAGGAAUUGCGAAAGCUUAGUUGAAAUUCGCUGCCCUAGCAAAUUCCUGUGGCGCUUUAAUAGGGAUGGGUGCGAGUCACUCAAGAAAUUACCAGACUUUUUGCCACAUGACGGGCCAUGAUUUUUGAGGGAAGAAACAGCAAGAAGCUGACUGAGGUUUGCGGGGGGCUAUAGUCGGAUCUUCAUGAGGAGGAAGCCAACGAGGUUGCCGAGGAGGGUGGUGCGAUUCUGGGCAUUGGGGGUAAAGAAGAGGAGGCGGGUGGAUAUGCGAGUUCGACGAUGGGGGGUGAUUAUGGAAGAGAGAGAAUGUUGGAGGCGAGGAAUCUGGUGAAGGCAGUGGUUCCUUCCCCUCUCAUUCACCAUCCCUCUCCUGGAAAAUCUCCAGUCUAUACUCGCCUCGCUCUUUCAUGUAAUCGGUCGAAUCUCCAAAACCCUAAAACCCUCUCUCUCUCUCUUGACGUUGUUAAGGCCCAAUGAGUUUACACUGCGUCCUCUUCUGGUCAGGCUAAUGAGGAAGGAUCUUCAUGUUGGGUCUUCAUUGCUAACGUUCAUGACCCUCUAUGACCCACAUUUCCCUUUUUCCUGCCAGCCCCUUCAUUUUCAUGUCAGAACAAAUCUCAAUCCAGUUCAAAGACCAAGAGGCAUUUGUGUCGGCAAACCGGUACCACAUGCUGAAUUGAGGAUAGAUAGUGAUGAUUCUAUUAGAAUUGGAAAAAUUCUAACCAGAGGUCCACAUUUGAUGAUUGGAUUCUGGGAUCAAGUUCCGGCAUUAGAUUUUAGCAGUCAUUCAUGGUUUAACACAGGUGAUAUUGGUUUCAUCGAUGAGCAUGGUCGGGUGUGGCUCACUGGUCGAGAGAGCAGCCGGAUCAAGACUAGGGGAGAAAAUGUUUACCCUGAAGAGGUGGCAGCAAUACUUUUACAACAUCCAGGAGUCGCUAGAAUCGUUGUUGUGGGAAUCCCUGAACCUCACCUGACUGAGAUGGUUGUUGGUGUACCCUCAGCUUUGGUCUGAUAAAAGCCGUGAACUUGGAGCUGGAAAAGAACGUUUGUUGUCGGAUGAAAUUCUUCGACUAUACUGCAGAGAAAGGAACUUGACAGGUUUUAAGAUACCAAAAAUCUUCAUUCCUUGGAAGAAGCCUUUCGAAACCACUACUACAGGAAGAUAAGAAGGGAUGUGGUCCGUCAGGAAGCUGUUUCUCAUGUUCACUCCAUUCACAGCAAUUUAUUACUGCUGACAUUGUGACUUCCCAUUCAGUGAAGAAAUUGGAAAUGACCGCAGUUUAAAUAUCCGAAAGAUUGACGUAAGUAAUCAAGCAAAUCCCGAGCCUUGCAGAACUCCCUUGCUGACAAAUUCUGCAUCAAUUUUUUCGAAUAGGAUUUUGCACAAGCCAAUAAGUACAGUGAAACUAAACAUCUGGAAAUGAAAACUUGGGAAGUUCCAUGCAUAUUUAUGAACUUCCAAUGCCACAUUUUUCCAAUCCAAGGCAGCAAAGUGUGGCUCCACAUGUUGAAUUGAGGAUGGACAGUGAUGAUUCUAAUGGCAUUGGGAAAGUUCUAACCAGAGGACCGGAUUUGAUUAUUGUAUACUGGGAUCAAUUUCUGUUAUCAGACUCUAGCAGUCAUUCAUGGUUCGACAUGGGUGAUGUAGGUUUCAUUGAUGAGCAUGGUCAGGUGUGGCUCAAUGGUCGGGAGAGCAGUCGGAUCAAGACUGGGGGAGAAAAUGUUUACCCUGAAGAGGUUGCAGCAAUACUUUUACAACAGCCAGGAGUCGCUGGAAUAGUUGUCAUGGGAAUUCAUGAAGCUCACCUGACUGAGAUGGUUGUUGGGUGUACCCUCAGCUUUGGUCUGAUAAAAGCCGUGAACUCGGAACUAGAAAAAGAAGAACGUUUGUUGUCGGAUGAAAUUCUUCGACUAUACUGCAGAGAAAGGAACUUGACAGGGUCUAAGAUACCAAAAAUCUUCAUCCCUUGGAAGAAGCCUUUGGCGACCACUACUGCUACAGGAAGAUAAGAAAGGGAUGUAGUCCGUCAGGAAGUAGUUUCUCAUGUUCACUCCGUUCACAGUAAUUUAUUACUGCUGACAUUAUGACUUUCCAAUUCAGUGAUGAGAUUGGAAAUGACUGCAGUUUGAUAUCCGAAAGAUCGAUAUAAGUAAUCAAGCAAAUCCCGAGCCUUGCAGAACUCCCUCGCUGACAAAUUCUGCGUCAAUUUUAUUGAAUAGGAUUUUGCACGAGCCAUGAAAUUUGGGAAGAAAGGCUAUGGGAAGUUGAGUAUUUUUAGUCAUUUACUCAUUGGGAUCGGAUUUGAGUAGGCUCAUCAAUGGGGUUAGAUGAGUUCAAGGCGCUUGUAUCAUUGUCCCCGUGCAAGUAGUGGCAUUUGUAACUCUAGGAACUAAUUGUUUACAGCAUCAAAUUGUUUCUUGCA